GAACGCUGUAAGAUAGAUAUCGCUAAAACUAGACUAGUAGGCCUAUCUAGAUUUAGAUAGAUCUAUAUUUUUUUUUUACUAUGACUUGCUUCUGGAGCACUUGCAACCUAUUAGAUCUACUUGGUGAUAGACAGUUACAAAUAUAAUUACAUUAUAAGUUGAAAAAAAUCUGUUGCAACUUCAUUUACCAAAAUAAUUAAUAUACGCGGUGAUGGCGGAGGAAGAGACUGAUAUAACAUUGACGUCACCGGAAUUUCCCCAUGUGUGGAGCAAGGGAAAUUUCGUCGGUGGAAGUGUAAAUGUAUACGAGAUUAUCGACCCUAGCGAGCCAAGGGAGGUCAAGUUUGUUGGCAAAGAUAUUUCAGUCGCAUCGACUCAAAUCGAAAAGAAAAAAAAUUUGGCUGAGUUGAGAAUUCUGGAGCAGAUAAAACACCCGCGAAUUGUAGCCUUCUAUGGUUUCAAACAAAACCCGAACCUUCUAACCAUAUUUUACAAAUACAUGAAACUUGGUUCUGUGGCGAAGCUUAUAAAAGAAAGAGGGUCGCCUCUAGAUGAGGCCACAGUCCGACUCUACACUAGACAAAUUCUUGAAGGCUUGAAAUAUUUACACAAUAAUAAACCGAUCAUCAUUCACAGAGACGUCAAAGGUGAGAACGUGCUGCUGGAGUCACCAGACAAGGUCCAGCUGACCAACUUCGGACUGUCCAAGAUCCUCCACACACUGACCAAUGCCAGGUCAAAGGUCGGCACGUCCUACUGGAUGGCGCCUGAGAUUAUCACAGGAACAGGGAGUGAUAACUAUGACGUCAGGGCGGAUAUCUGGAGUUUAGGUUGUACUGUGGUAGAGAUGGCCACGGGGAAUCCCCCAUUCGGUAACCUUGACCCCGUUGAAGCGGCUUACAAAAUCGGCAGCGGUGAAAAACUGGACUACAAGCUGCCAGACACAAGUUCUAAGGAAAUGGCCAAAUUCUUAGGCAAGACGUUCCACAAGAAUUUCAAGGAUCGUCCAAGUGCUGAGGAACUGCUCAAGUCGGAUCUAUUUAUAGCAGGAAAAGUGUAAUAAAAUCAUCUAUCACUAGUUUUAAUAAUAAACAUAUAUUGAAAUAUUUAAUAAAAAAUUAUAUUUAUAA